AUGUAUCAGAGCACUUAUAACGUUGGCCACGCCGUCAACCCGGAUUAUGAAGGCCUCAGCCGCCCUCUGUACCUGAUUAGAGCAUGCGGCGUGGUGACUGACUGGCAGGAUGCGGCUAGAAUCCGGAAUUACGUGCUCGCAGAGCUUGGGGCCUCCAUACCGCUCUCCUGCCAUCCGAUCGUCAUGACAGAGCCACUCUACGUCCCUCACCCCCAGCAGACUGAUGACCCGCGAACUAAGACGGCCAUGAUGUCCGAGGUAUUCGAGUACUUCCCUGCGCCGGCUUUCUACACGACCGUCCCGGCCGUGUUGUCAACGUACGCGGCCAACCUACCCACCGCUCUCGUCGUCGACUCGGGUUACGCAGCAAUAGAUGACUGGUUGCAGCAAGCUCUCAUGAAUGAAGUCGGUGUCGAGCUUCCGUCAAAUGAGGCCUGGGACAUUGCUCUCUGGUUGGCCAAGACUGAGCGAUGCCGCGUCGCGAUGAACUUUGAGGAGGAGUCCAUGCGGUGGAAGAAGAGCAUGUAUGACGGACGGCAAGACGAAGUAGGGGAGUUGCCUGACGGGUUGAAGAUGAAGCCUAACACCCCGCUUGGGGGGGUGUCGUUCAAGCUUUCUAUGCUGGGGCUUGAUUUUGGUGGGCUACAGUAUGAUGCUUUUAAUAUAAUCAUGAACUGCAACCGAGAUAUACGGGAGGAAUUUUGCCAGAACGUCCUGCUCGCUGGCGGGAACACCAUGUUUCCUGGAUUCGGCGCCAGGUUGGAGCGUGAGCUGAAGGGUCUAUUUAAAGAGGGGACUAAAAUCAACGUCAUCUCUCCUCGGAAUAGAGCGUAUUCCGCUUGGGUUGGGGGCUCCAUGUUGAGCGAAUUUUCCACGUUUGAAGGGAUGUGUGUUACAAGGGCAGAGUACGAAGAGGCAGGACCGGAGAUAGCGAACAACUAG